AUGGCGUCUUAUAUACAAGGUUAUGACGAAGACCGGUUCACAAUCACAGUCAAUCGAAAUUUCCUUUGUUUGAUUUGCUUCAAUGUAUUGAGAGACCCUGUGCUGUGCCCAGGAAAUCAACACUGUUUUUGCCGUGCUUGUAUUACCAGGCAUCUCGAGAGGUCACAAAGAUGUCCUACGUGUGCGGACAAACUGACCGUAGACACUUUGAUUAAGCCCAAUAGAAUGGUAAAAGAUUAUUUGAAUGAAUUAAAUAUACAUUGCAUUUAUAUCAACAGGGGUUGUCAAGAAAUUGUACAGCUACAACAUCUUGAACGCCAUGAGGCUAUAUGUGGAUUUCUACCACUCGUUUGUACAAACCAAGGCUGUGGCAUCACUCUGAACAGGCGUGAUCUUAUUCGCCAUGACAGUGAAGAGUGUGAAUUUCGACAGAUGAAGUGCAAAUCGUGCGGAGAAAUGACAAAAAUGUUGGCAGAUAUUGAGCAAAGAAUGGCAAUUACAGAAACGAAAAUGUCGAAUAUGGAAACCAAAAUGGAGAGAAAUAUCGCAGGUAUUAAAACAGAUAUGGAAGAAAAAUUCGAAGCAAUGAAUGAUGAGGUAAAAGGAUUGAAGUCAGCUUUAAUCGAUGGUUUUAAUCAAAUGAAGGACGUUCUUGUCAAAACAGAGGAUACAAAAGAAGAAAACACAAGAAAAGUAAGGAAUAUAGCAAGUGGUGAUAAGGAAAAUAUAAUCGUCGCUGGAGGUAAGGGAACUGCCUCUGUACAGAUCUUUAACUGGCCUCAGAGAACAUGGUCGCCACUGCAAUCCAUGCCAGAAGUGCGACAUGGAGCGUCUUCAUAUGUUUACAACAAAGAUGUGAGAAUAGCUGGAGGUUACUGUCCUGGUUCUGCCCAUCUCGAUAGUACGAUUAGAAUCGAUAAGGACCCAUAUCCUGAUCUCUUAGCACACUGGAGUGGAUGCGCCGUUAAACUGCCUGAAACAUUGGCAUUCCACAGCAGUGAUCUGUAUAACGAUCAGUUAAUAGUUUCCGGUGGUUAUAAUGGAAAUCUGAAGGAAACGUCCAAUUGUAUUCACGAAGUCCAGCUCGUCCAUCCCUAUACUGUGAAGACUUCAGCAAAGAUGCCAGAGCCAAGAAGAGGACAUAGUACUGAAAUAUUUGAAGACCAUUUGUUGAUCGUUGGUGGAAGUACAACUCGUAGGUACCAAGACAACCUCAACAGUGUCGUACUGUACGAUAUAAAGAACAAUGAAUGUAAACAGUUGACACCACUGCCGUAUGCAGUGAGCAGCAUGGCAACUGUCCGAUGGGGAGACAACAUUGUUGUAAUAGGCGGCAUUGACAAACAAGGGAAAAAAUUAGAUACAGUUCUCAUUUACAAUGUUAUGACAGAACACAGUCACAUGCUUCCACCAAUGAAAUGUAACAGGUUUGGAUGUACUGCAGUUGUUAUUAGAAACAACAUUGUAGUACUGGGAGGAAGAGAUGAGCAAUUACGGGACCUAAAGUCAGUCGAAGCUUUCAACUUCGAUCGUUAUUCAUGGGAAGAACUUCCAGAAAUGUGUCAAGCAAGAUGGCUACACACUGCUACUGUUGUUUGA